AUGACCGCUCCCUGGCGGCGCCCCCGGAGUCUGGUUUGGGAAUACUGGGCCGGGCUCCUCGUGUGCGCCUUCUGGAUCCCGGACUCGCGCGGGAUGCCCCACGUCAUCCGGAUCGGAGGAAUCUUUGAGUAUGCGGACGGCCCCAACGCCCAGGUCAUGAAUGCUGAGGAGCAUGCCUUUCGAUUUUCUGCCAACAUCAUCAACAGGAACAGGACUCUGCUGCCCAACACAACCUUGACCUAUGACAUCCAGAGGAUUCACUUUCAUGACAGCUUCGAGGCCACCAAGAAGGCCUGUGACCAGCUGGCGCUGGGCGUGGUGGCGAUCUUUGGACCAUCACAGGGCUCUUGCACCAACGCCGUCCAGUCCAUCUGCAAUGCCCUGGAGGUGCCCCACAUCCAGCUGCGCUGGAAACACCACCCGCUGGACAACAAGGACACCUUCUACGUGAACCUCUACCCUGACUACGCCUCCCUCAGCCACGCCAUCCUCGACUUGGUCCAGUACCUCAAGUGGCGGUCGGCCACCGUGGUCUAUGACGACAGUACAGGGCUCAUCCGACUGCAGGAGCUCAUCAUGGCCCCGUCGAGGUACAACAUCCGCCUGAAGAUUCGCCAGCUCCCCCUUGACUCCGACGACUCGCGCCCCCUGCUCAAGGAGAUGAAGCGGGGCCGGGAGUUCCGCAUCAUCUUCGACUGCAGCCACACCAUGGCCGCCCAGAUCCUCAAGCAGGCCAUGGCCAUGGGCAUGAUGACCGAGUAUUACCACUUCAUCUUCACUACUCUGGAUCUGUAUGCAUUAGACCUGGAGCCCUACCGCUACUCUGGGGUGAACCUCACGGGGUUCCGGAUCCUCAACGUGGACAAUCCCCAUGUCUCGGCCAUCGUGGAGAAGUGGUCCAUGGAGCGGCUGCAGGCGGCUCCCCGGGCAGAGUCCGGCCUGUUGGAUGGAGUGAUGAUGACCGAUGCGGCCUUACUGUACGACGCCGUCCACAUCGUGUCCGUGUGCUACCAGCGGGCACCCCAGAUGACCGUGAACUCCCUGCAGUGCCAUCGGCACAAGGCCUGGCGCUUUGGCGGCCGCUUCAUGAACUUCAUCAAGGAGGCUCAGUGGGAAGGAUUAACUGGACGGAUCGUCUUCAACAAAACCAGUGGCUUACGGACGGAUUUUGAUCUGGACAUCAUCAGCCUGAAGGAGGAUGGCCUGGAGAAGGUCGGUGUGUGGAGUCCCGCGGAGGGACUCAACAUCACGGAGGUCGCCAAAGGCCGAGGCCCUAAUGUCACUGACUCUCUGACAAACCGGUCCCUCAUCGUCACCACCGUGCUGGAGGAGCCCUUUGUCAUGUUCCGGAAGUCCGACAGGACGCUGUUUGGGAAUGACCGCUUUGAGGGUUACUGCAUCGACCUGCUGAAGGAGCUGGCCCACAUCCUGGGCUUCUCCUACGAGAUCCGGCUGGUGGAGGACGGCAAGUACGGGGCGCAGGACGACAAGGGCCAGUGGAACGGCAUGAUCAAGGAGCUCAUCGACCAUAAGGCAGAUCUGGCCGUGGCCCCCCUGACCAUCACCCACGUCCGCGAGAAGGCCAUCGACUUCUCCAAGCCCUUCAUGACGCUCGGUGUGAGCAUCCUGUAUCGAAAGCCCAACGGCACCAACCCCAGUGUCUUCUCCUUCCUCAACCCCCUGUCCCCAGACAUCUGGAUGUAUGUGCUGCUCGCCUACCUGGGGGUCAGCUGUGUCCUCUUUGUCAUUGCCAGGUUCAGCCCUUACGAGUGGUAUGACGCUCAUCCCUGCAAUCCUGGCUCCGAGGUCGUAGAAAACAACUUCACUCUGCUGAACAGCUUCUGGUUCGGAAUGGGGUCCUUGAUGCAGCAAGGGUCAGAGCUGAUGCCCAAAGCCCUGUCCACGCGCAUCAUUGGUGGCAUCUGGUGGUUCUUCACGCUCAUCAUCAUCUCCUCCUACACGGCCAACCUGGCUGCCUUUCUGACAGUGGAACGCAUGGAGUCGCCCAUCGACUCUGCUGAUGACCUGGCCAAGCAAACCAAAAUCGAGUAUGGGGCCGUCAAGGAUGGGGCCACCAUGACUUUCUUCAAGAAAUCCAAGAUCUCCACCUUUGAGAAGAUGUGGGCCUUCAUGAGCAGCAAGCCCUCGGCGCUGGUAAAGAACAACGAGGAGGGCAUCCAGAGGACCCUGACGGCAGACUAUGCCCUGCUCAUGGAGUCCACGACCAUCGAGUAUGUCACCCAGAGGAACUGCAACCUCACCCAGAUCGGGGGCCUCAUCGACUCCAAGGGCUACGGCAUUGGCACACCCAUGGGCUCCCCGUACCGGGACAAGAUCACCAUCGCCAUCCUGCAGCUGCAGGAGGAGGACAAGCUGCACAUCAUGAAGGAGAAGUGGUGGAGGGGCAGCGGGUGCCCCGAGGAGGAGAACAAAGAGGCCAGCGCCCUGGGUAUCCAGAAGAUCGGGGGCAUCUUCAUCGUGCUGGCCGCUGGGCUGGUCCUGUCUGUGCUGGUGGCUGUGGGCGAGUUCGUGUACAAGCUCCGCAAAACGGCAGAGCGAGAGCAGCGUUCCUUCUGCAGCACCGUAGCCGAUGAGAUCCGUUUCUCCCUUACCUGCCAGCGUCGGGUCAAGCACAAGCCACAGCCUCCCAUGAUGGUCAAGACUGACGCUGUCAUCAACAUGCACACGUUCAACGACCGCCGGCUUCCGGGCAAGGACAGCAUGGCCUGCAGCACAUCGUUGGCCCCCGUAUUCCCCUAGGCCCAGGUGGGGUGGGGACCGAAGGCCUUGGGGCACGGCAGAGGAAAGCAAGGAGACUGGAAGGCCCCUCCCCUGUGCCCAUGCUGGGUUUGGGGGUCAGAGCUGCCACCUGCCUGCUGGGCCAGGAGCCCUCUGCCCUUACCUACUGGGAAACCAGCAGGCCCCAGGCCAGCUACUUGGGCCUCACUCGCCUCUCGUUUCUUCUGUGGGUUUCUAAAGCUGCCAGCCGAGACAGCCAAGGCCAAAGGAAGCACAUAUGCCUCUCUCAGGCCAAACUCACCUGCCCCUCGACUCUCCUCCACAGUCAGAAGUUUCUACCCCGGCCCUGCAGAGGCCAAAGAAAAUGGGAAUCAGCUUGUAUGUUGCCACUCCUUCCCUGUGAGCCCGGGCCUCCUGGGCCAUGACCGUGAGCCCAGAGACACAAACCUUGGGUAC